AGUAUAAGGUAUAUUGCUUUUUUUUUUUCAAUCACAAUACAUUUAAGGAGCAAGGAGACUAGGUAUAGAAGGUAUUCUCUGAAAAUACUAAACAACUACUUGGAAAUGUUAAAAUUUUGCUUCCCCCUCCCUUUUCAAGUAAUGUAACAUAGAAUAGUAUCUAGGUAGUAUGUCUAAUGCUAAAUUACAAAAUAACAAAUCUGAUGUAUCUCCUAAAUAUGUAAAAGUGAUACAUUCUGGCUUUGAUUUAAUUCAAUAUAACAAUUAUUUGGGUUCCAUUAGUAUUAGACUCCACAUAUGAGAUAUCCUUUACCUCUAACAAAACAUAAUAGAUAUAUUUUUGUGAAGAAUUAUACAAGUGUUCUCUUAACAUGGGGUGGGGGGGAUGAGCAAAAAUAUUAUAAUUUUAAAAGCAAAAGUGUGGAUAGGUUUUCAUAUUAUAUAAUGUCUUAAUUUAAAAGAUGUUUACUGGUGUUAUCUGACAGUGCUGGUAUUUCUAGCUUUAUAGUUUGUGCUAAUAUACUCUUUUAUUUAAUAAGUAUAUCCAGGAAGCUGCAGGUAAAAACAACUAUUGUGUGUUAGGUUUCCAAGCAAGGUACAUAGAUUAAUUUAUGUAGGGUAUGAUAUCACAGUUUGGCAUCCCUGUCCUCGAACAGACUUUACAUAUAAGAUUGUUUUAUUAUUUCAUUUUUUUCUUACAAAGAUUUUUCUGGUAUUGUACUUGUCGGAACUUUAUGUUCACCAUAAAAUCUAGGUCACAUCUUGAAUAUUAAAUUCUGUAUAAAGUGAUGGACCUUUUUUCCUCAUCUUAAACUUCAUGGCCUGCUUUUGGGGGCAUGCUUGUUUUCUUUUUAGGUAUGACUUUUUAGUCUGUCACGGACAGGAAUCCCUGAGAUUUUCAUAUUCUGCAUUUUCUUGUGCAUGGUGUUAGUUUUAAUGUAACUGUUAAGAAAAAAGGGGGAAAAGCUGCUUUAUCGAAAUACAAGUCCACAGCAUUCAUGCUGCAUGCUCUGUGUGUUCCACUUGCAAACACUGCAUGCUGCAUACUUGUAUUUCUUUGAGAAUGAGAGUGUAGAAGACACAAAAAGAAAUAGAAUCUAUUUUGCCAAUAGUUGGAACAGAUGGAAGGGAAUGUUCAAGGUAACACUUUUUUUUCCCUGUUAUUAAUUAAUUUAAUAUUUCUCAAAAGAUGAGAGAGAAGAACUUCAUAUUUAAACACAAAGUAGCUGCAAAUCAGCUUCUAAACUGUCACUGACAUUAGCAUCUAGAUUUUAUAGUUUUAAAAAAAUCUUUAAAAGUAUUUAUUUACUAAGAAAACAUUGCAUUAAUGCAUGAUGCAAAAAAAGGAUAAAUUCUUUAAAUUGGAAUGCAGUUUAAAGUGACUGAAUUUUCCAAUUUCAUCUACUGCAUUUGAUGAGGAUAUAAAUUCUGGAAAAUGGAACUGGUAUCAUCUAACUGCUCCAGGUUCUUCAGAACUUAGGGUAGCAAAGAAAAUCUUCCACGUGGCUGAAUGUAGAGCACCUUAUUGAUGAAUGACAUAUUUAUUGUGCUCUUGAAACUUGACAACCACACAUUAUUUUGGGGGUGUGUAAUUUUUGUUUAGUUUCCAAUUAUUCUAAUACAUUCUUUAUCUUAACAAUAGAAUAUUGGCACUUUGAUUUUAAUUAUAAAAAUGUUAAUUUUUAGCAUAUCAUUUCUUAUACUUUUAAAUGUAACAAUUUCAAAUCCAUUUAUCCAUUACCCCAUUUUAAAAAAAUUAAAAUUUAUCAUUCCAAUUUAAAACAUGGCCUGUUUAGAUAUUGGUAAAGAUUCAUUUUAGACUUUUACAACAGUUUCAGUGGCCUAAUAAGUCUUGCCUAUUCUUUUUUUCAGGCCAUGAACUUUCUAUUUUGUUUCUUAUAGAAGAUACUACAGUACUUCUAAAAUUACAGGAAUGACUACAACUUCUAAUUUACUCUGAAAAAUACAGGAUUUGCCUCUGAAGCAGGGAGUGUCUGCAUUAAAAAUGACCUGUAGUUCUCUGCUUCAUAGAUGCUUCUUCAGCUCCUUCCUCUUCCUCCAUGGGCGGUGCUUGCAGCUCCUUUACCACCUCUUCCAGCCCUACCAUUUAUUCUACCUCAGUCACCGACAGCAAGGCUAUGCAAGUGGAGAGCUGCUCCUCAGCCGUGGGGGUAAGUAACAGAGGGGUAAGUGAAAAGCAGUUAACCGGUAACACAGUCCAGCAGCAUCCGCCAACACCGAAGCGGCACACAGUCCUGUACAUCUCGCCGCCACCUGAGGACUUGCUGGAUAACAGCCGGAUGUCCUGCCAGGAUGAGGGCUGUGGACUGGAGUCUGAGCAGAGCUGCAGUAUGUGGAUAGAGGAUUCUCCCUCCAACUUCAGUAACAUGAGCACCAGUUCCUACAAUGAUAACACGGAGGUACCACGAAAAUCACGAAAACGAAACCCAAAGCAGAGGCCAGGGGUCAAACGGCGAGAUUGUGAAGAAUCCAACAUGGAUAUAUUUGAUGCUGACAGUGCCAAAGCACCUCAUUAUGUGCUUUCCCAGCUUACCACGGACAGCAAAGGCAACUCAAAAGCAGGAAAUGGAACAUUGGAAAAUCAGAAAGGAGCUGGAGCAAAGAAGAGUCCUAUGUUGUGUGGACAGUAUCCUGUUAAAAGUGAGGGAAAAGAACUGAAGAUAGUAGUUCAACCUGAGACCCAGCAUAGAGCUAGGUAUCUGACUGAGGGCAGCCGUGGUUCAGUGAAAGAUAGAACACAACAAGGUUUCCCUACUGUAAAGCUGGAAGGACACAAUGAACCUGUAGUGCUACAAGUGUUUGUGGGUAAUGACUCUGGUCGAGUGAAACCACAUGGGUUUUAUCAGGCCUGUAGAGUAACUGGUAGAAAUACAACUCCUUGCAAAGAAGUUGAUAUUGAAGGCACUACAGUUAUAGAAGUUGGCCUUGACCCUAGCAACAACAUGACAUUGGCGGUGGAUUGUGUAGGGAUCUUGAAACUCAGAAAUGCUGAUGUUGAAGCUAGAAUAGGAAUUGCUGGUUCCAAGAAAAAAAGUACUCGAGCCAGAUUGGUGUUUCGAGUUAACAUCACACGGAAAGAUGGCUCAACUUUAACACUACAAACACCUUCCUCUCCAAUUCUGUGUACUCAGCCAGCAGGAGUACCAGAGAUCUUAAAGAAAAGCCUUCAUAGUUGCUCAGUAAAAGGAGAGGAAGAAGUCUUUCUUAUAGGCAAAAAUUUUCUGAAGGGAACUAAAGUUAUCUUCCAAGAAAAUGUCUCUGAUGAAAACUCUUGGAAGUCAGAAGCUGAAAUAGACAUGGAAUUAUUUCAUCAGAAUCAUCUUAUUGUGAAGGUGCCUCCAUAUCAUGACCAAUAUAUAACCUUGCCUGUGUCUGUGGGAAUAUAUGUAGUGACCAAUGCUGGAAGAUCCCAUGAUGUUCAGCCAUUCACCUACACUCCAGAUACAGCUAAUGCUUUGAAUGUAAAUGUGAAGAAGGAAAUGUCCAGCCCAGCAAGACCUUGUUCUUUUGAAGAGGCUAUAAAAGUAAUGAAAGCUACUAGUUGUAACCUAGAUAAGGUAAAUAUUCUUCCUAGUGCCUUGAUCACUCCACUCAUGUCAAGCAGUAUGAUUAAGAAUGAAGAUGUUACUCCAAUGGAAGUAACAGCAGAAAAAAGAUCUUCUCCUGUCUUUAAGGCAACAAAGGCAGUUGGAUCAACUCAGCAAACAUUAGAAAAUAUCUCUAACAUAUCCGGAAGUGGAUCUUUUUCAUCAUCAUCUUCCCACUUACCUCCUGAAAAUGAAAAGCAGCAGCAAAUUCAGUCUAGUAAAGUGUACAACCCAGAGACUUUGACAACUCUGCAGACACAAGACAUUUCACAAUCAGGGACUUUUUCAGCAGGUCCUGCUGCUGGCCAGCUGGCCAGCAGCGAUGCACUGUUGCAGCAGGCGACCCAGUUUCAGAGCAGAGAGCCCCAAUCGAGAGAGGUGUUGCAGUCCGAGGGCACUGUGGUGAAUUUGUCUCAGUUGACUGAGGCAUCACAGCAACAGCAGCCGUCACCCCUGCAAGAACAAGGACAGACUUUGCAACAACAGAUUUCAUCCAACAUUUUCUCACCAUCAAACAGUGUGAGUCAGUUACAAAAUACCAUACAGCAGUUACAAGCUGGAAAUUUUACAGCCGGUGCUGCCAGCAGCAGCAGUGGAAAUGUGGAUUUGGUCCAGCAAGUCCUGGAGGCCCAGCAGCAGUUAUCUUCAGUUUUGUUUUCUGCUUCAGAUGGUAAUGAGAAUGUCCAGGAACAGCUUAGUGCUGACAUUUUUCAGCAAGUCAGUCAAAUUCAAAACACUGUAAGUCCUGGAAUAUUUUCUUCAACAGAACCAGCUGUCCAUGCCAGGCCAGAUAAUUUAAUGCCUGGAAGAGCUGAAAAUGUUCACUCCCAAGCUGAAAAUACAUUAUCCAGUCAACAGCAGCAGCAGCAGCAACAGCAACAGCAGCAGCAGCAGCAAGCGAUGGAAUCAUCAGCAGCCAUGGUGAUGGAAAUGCAGCAGAGUAUCUGCCAGGCAGCUGCCCAAAUGCAGUCUGAGUUAUUCUCUUCAACUGCCUCUGCCAAUGGAAACCUCCAACAAUCUCCAGUUUACCAGCAAGCAUCACAUAUGAUGAGUGCAUUAUCUACCAAUGAGGACAUGCAAAUGCAAUGUGAAUUGUUCUCUUCUCCUUCAGUUUCUGGGAAUGAAACUUCUACUACUACAACACAGCAAGUUGCAACACCAGGUCCUACCAUGUUUCAGACUUCAAAUUCCACAGAUGGAGAAGAGACAGGAGGACAAGUAAAACAAAUACAGAACAAUGUAUUUCAGACUAUGGUACAGAUGCAGCACAGUGGAGAAAAUCAACCUCAAGUCAACCUUUUUUCAUCUACCAAAAAUAUGAUGGCUGUUCAGAACAGUGGUACUCAACCACAGGGUAAUGGUUUGUUCCAGCAGAGUAAUGAGAUGUUGUCUCUUCAGUCUGGGAGCUUUAUACAGCAGCCUUCUCAUUCACAGGCUCAGCUUUUUCACCCACAAAAUUCUAUCGGAGAGGCUCAGAAUAUAUCCCAGGAAACUCAAGGUUCUCUUUUUCACAGCCCAAGUCCCAUUGUCCACAAUCAAACUUCCACUUCACCCUCUGAGCAGUUGCAAUCUUCGAUGUUUCAUUCCCAGGGUACCAUGGCUGUACUACAAGGCUCGUCUGUUCCUCAAGACCAGCAGCCAACCAACUUGUUCCUUUCUCAGAGUUCUAUAAAUACACUUCAGAAUAACACAGUGUCUCAAGAAGAACAGAUCUCAUUUUUUACUACACAGAACUCCAUUUCUCCCCUCCAGCCAGCACCCAGCACUGAGCAACAAACAGCUUUUCAACAACAGACACAGAUAUCCCAUAUUCAGUCACCUAUGCUUGCCCAAGAACAGGCCCAACCCUCUCAGCAGGGUUUGUUUCAGUCUCCAGUAUCUUUAGGUGCUCUUCCACCAAAUUCAAUGGCCCAGAGCCAACAAGGGACAAUCUUCCAAGCUCAGCAUUCAAUGGUAGCCAUCCAGAAUAGCUCUUCAUCCCAAGAUCCACAACAACAGCAGCAGCAGCAACAACAGCAGCAACAGCAGCAGCAACAACAGAAUAUUUUAUUCAGUAACCAGAAUACCAUGGCUACAAUGGCAUCCCCAAAGCAACCGCCACCAAAUAUGAUUUUCAACCCAAAUCAGAAUCCACUGGCCAACCAAGAACAGCAGAACCAGUCUAUAUUUCACCCACAAAAUAACAUGGCAUCGAUGAAUCAAGAACAACAGCCCAUGCAGUUUCAGAACCAGAACACAGUUUCUUCCCUUCAGACCCCAGGAUCCACCCAGGCUGAGCCACCCCAGCCAUCUUUAUUCCAUACCUCUCCCCAGAUUCAGCUGGUUCAAGGGUCACCUAGUUCACAAGAGCAGCAAGUCACACUCUUCAUCUCUUCGGCUUCCAUGUCUGCCUUGCAGACCAGUAUGAACCAGCCAGACCUGCAGCAGCCUCCUCUCUACUCUCCUCAAAACAACAUGCCAGGAAUCCAGGGAGCUGCAGCUUCACCUCCACAGCAGACUAAUUUAUUUCACAACACAACGGGAGGCUCGAUGAACCAAUUGCAGAAUUCUCCUGGCGCAUCUCAACAAACUUCAGGAAUGUUUUUAUUUGGCAUUCAGAAUAAUUGUGGCCAGCUUUUAACUCCUGGACCAGCAACAUUGCCAGAUCAGCUAAUGGCUAUAAGUCAGCCAAGUCAGCCUCAAAAUGAGGGUCAGCCACCUGUGACAACACUUCUGUCUCAGCAAAUGCCAGAAAAUUCUUCACUAUCAUCAUCUAUAAACACCAACCAGAACAUUGAAAAGAUUGAUUUGCUUGUUUCAUUGCAAAACCAGGGGAACAACUUGACUGGCUCAUUUUAACUGCAUAUGAAAAUUCUGUGAAGAAAAACCCAGUUCCAAGAUGCUCUUGGAGCUUGUGACUACAAUUGUAUUAAAGUGUAUGGAAUUAAGUUGCUCUAUAAAAAAAAAAAUUACACCAAAAAACUAUGUUUGACUAAAUAUAUAGAUUUUAUCCUCCCUGCAGAAGCACAUUUGUGCUACUUAUUGCAGUGAUUAAUCAAUAAUAUUGUCAUAUUCCAUAUUCCUAAUAGCAAUAAUGACUAAGGAUUUAUGUUUUAUGUUCCCAUUCAGUAAAUGUAAUUGUUAUCUCUUCCUAAGCACAGUGCCUCUAUAAGGCACAGUAUGAAUUCAAGUCUAGUCCACUUGGUCAUUAUUGCUAUUAGAAAAUAACUCAUAAUGUCAUUUUACUUUUUAUUUGUUCGUUAUUUUUCUUUCCCACAUCUUUUCUGUUAAGAUUUCUAUAAAAAGGAUAUCCAUAACUGAAGUUGAUAUCAUCCAAGUAAAAAGCACAGCUGUUGGUCAAAGUAAAAGAAUCAUGUUGUCAGUUUUCAUGGAGAGCCUGAGGAGCUUACCCAGUGACAAGCUGUAGUAGUAAUACUUAGAGAGGACAAAUCUGUCUGUGUAAGCAGACACCCUGUUUGUGAAACUGGGCAUGGCUGAAUGUUUUAAGGCUCCA